CUGGGCGGCCGCUGCGAAGCGGGGAAAACUUCACUUUUCUCCGGAAUGCCGUGCGAAGGGGCUACCCCUGCUAAGGACGAAGGGAAGGCCGCGUCCGGCGGAGGAUUAGAGGUCCUCCCCGGCGGUGCGACCCCGAGGCAUUCAGCAACUCCAGGCACUACCGCCGAGACCAAAGCCAGGUUGGCGCUAUCCCGAGAGGACGGACACGGCCACAAAGAUGGAGGCGCUCAGUCUAAAUACCGCGGGAAAAGGGUAGAGCAGUAGCAGUCCCGCCGAGCGCGAACGAAACGAGAAGCCGUGGCGGGGGCUGCGCCCGCGGCAGGUGCCCAGGGCGGUGCCGCUAGGGCACCGUCUGCCGAGCUGCUGCCGCGGGUCGGGCCGCGCUGAGGGCGUGGCAGCCAGCGCGCUCGCCGUUCCCAGCACGCUGGGCGGCGGCGGCCGUGCUGGGAGUGACAGCGGGGCCUGAGCGGAUCCGCGCUGCCCCAUGGCGGCCGCCCGCCUCGGCGGCCCGCCCGCCUGGCGGUGACUCGUGCUCCCCCUCCUGCCCCUCCUCCUCUGCCGCCGCCGCCGCCGCCUCCUCUUCCUCCUCCUCCUCCUCCUCCUGCUCCGCUAGCCCAGCCUGGGCCCAGCCCAGCCACUGCCGCACGGCGCCGUCGCCGCCCGCCGAGCCCGGGACGCAGCCGGGAGCCGCGCGGGGGCCAUGACGGUGGAGCAGAAUGUACUGCAGCCCGGCGGCGCCGCCAAGCACCAGCAGACAUUUUUAAAUCAGCUGAGGGAGAUCACUGGUAUCAAUGACAUCCAGGUACUGCAACAAGCACUAAAGGACAGCAAUGGCAAUCUGGAAUUGGCUGUGGCUUUCCUCACUGCAAAGAAUGCCAAGGUUCCCCAGCUAGAAGAGGCAACUUACUAUCAAACAGCCCUUCCUGGAAAUGACAGAUACAUCAGCGUGGGCAGCCAGGCAGACACCAAUGUGAUUGAUCUCACUGGAGAUGAUAAAGAUGAUCUUCAGAGGGCAAUUGCCUUGAGUUUGGAGGAAUCAAACAGGGCAUUCAGGGAGACUGGAAUAACAGAUGAGGAACAAGCCAUUAGCAGAGUUCUAGAAGCCAGUAUUGCAGAAAAUAAAGCAAGUUUAAAAAGAGCACAUCCAGAGAUAUGGAGUGACUCCCCAAAUCCUUAUGAUCGAAAGCGGCAAGACAACUGUCCAGUAGGAUUAAAGAAUGUUGGCAACACGUGCUGGUUUAGUGCUGUCAUUCAGUCAUUAUUUAAUCUGCUGGAGUUUCGAAGACUAGUUUUGAAUUUCAAUCCUCCUGCAAAUGCUCAAGACUUGCCCCGAAAUCAAAAGGAACAUAGGAACCUGCCAUUCAUGCGUGAAUUGAGGUACUUGUUUGCCCUUCUAGUUGGUUCGAAGAGGAAAUAUGUUGACCCAUCAAGAGCAGUUGAAAUCCUUAAAGAUGCUUUUAAAUCAAAUGAUUCACAACAGCAAGAUGUUAGUGAAUUUACACACAAAUUAUUAGACUGGCUAGAGGAUGCUUUCCAAAUAAAAGCUGAAGAAGAGAGGGAUGGAGAGAAACCAAAGAACCCAAUGGUAGAGUUGUUCUAUGGACGAUUUUUAGCAGUAGGUGUACUUGAAGGUAAAAAAUUUGAAAACACAGAAAUGUUUGGCCAGUAUCCACUCCAGGUUAAUGGCUUUAAAGAUCUGCAUGAGUGCCUAGAAGCUGCAAUGAUUGAGGGAGAAAUCGAAUCUCUCCAUUCAGAAAAUUCUGCCAAGUCUGGUCAGGAGCACUGGUUCACUGAGCUUCCUCCUGUCUUAACUUUUGAAUUAUCAAGAUUUGAGUUUAACCAGGCUUUGGGGAGACCAGAGAAGAUACAUAACAAAUUAGAAUUUCCUCCAAUUUUGUAUCUGGACAGGUAUAUGCACAAAAAUAGAGAAAUAACAAGAAUUAAAAGAGAUGAAAUCAAGAGACUCAAAGAGUACCUCACAGUUCUACAACAGAGAUUAGAACGAUAUUUAAGCUAUGGUUCUGGUCCUAAACGAUUCCCCUUGGUAGAUGUCCUGCAGUAUGCCUUGGAGUUUGCUUCCAGCAAGCCAGUGUGCACAUCUCCGGUUGAUGACUUAGGUGCUAGUGCCCCUGCCAGUGGCACACUGCCAGUCCAGACCUCGCCCAGCACAAUAGAGCAACAGGGGCCUUCAUCUUCAGAUGUUCCAAGCACAUCUCCUGUACAGAGAUCAGUAAUACAUAAACCAUUCACACAAUCACGAAUUCCUCCUGAUCUGCCAAUGCAUCCGGCACCAAGGCACAUCACUGAGGAGGAGUUGUCUGUCUUAGAAGGCUGUCUGCAUCGCUGGAGGACUGAAGUAGAGAAUGACACUAGAGAUUUACAAGAAAGUAUAUCUAGGAUACAUCGGACAAUUGAAUUGAUGUACUCUGACAAAACAAUGGUCCAAGUUCCUUACAGAUUGCAUGCUGUGCUAGUUCAUGAAGGUCAAGCUAAUGCAGGACACUAUUGGGCAUAUAUUUAUGACCACCACCAGGGCAGAUGGAUGAAAUACAAUGAUAUUUCUGUGACAAAAUCAACUUGGGAAGAAUUGGAACGGGACUCUUUUGGUGGUUACAGGAAUGCCAGCGCAUAUUGUUUAAUGUAUAUCAAUGAUAAGGAGCAGUACUUGAUACAAGAGGAGUUUAACAAAGAAACAGGACAGAUGCUUGUUGGAAUGGACACCCUGCCUUCUGAUCUAAGGGAUUUUGUCAAGGAAGACAAUAAACGUUUUGAAAAAGAACUUGAAGAGUGGGAUGCAGAACUCGCUCAGAAAGCACAGCAGGAGAAGUUGCUAUCUCAGAUACCCAGGGCACCAGCACCCUCACCUGCUCCAGUUCAAGCAGGAGAACCAGAAUAUCUAGAGCAGCCAUCAAGAACUGGUACUUCAAAGCACUUAAAAGAAGAUUCUGUACAAGCAAUCAGUAAAGCUUUAGCUGAACAAGAAGAUAGAGGUCCAGAAGCUAUAAUGGAUACGGCAAUUAAAUUGGAAUACACACGUUUGCUAAAAUUAGCCCAGGAAGAUCCGCCUCCGGAAUGUGAUUACCGUUUGCGACAUGCAAUUGUUUACUUCAUCCAAAAUCAAGCACCAAAGAAGAUAAUUGAAAGAACCCUACUGGAACAGUUUGGAGAUCACAACCUUAGCUUUGAUGAAAGGUGCCGUAACAUAAUGAAGGUUGCUCAAGCUAAACUUGAAAUGAUAAAGCCAGAUGAAGUAAACAUGGAAGAAUACGAGAGAUGGCAUCAAGACUACAAAAAUUUCAGGGAAACAACCAUGUUUCUCAUGGUAGGACUGGAGUUUUUCCAAAAAAAGAGGAUGGUGAUUACAGUAUCAAUGCCUCAAAACAUCCCAUAGAAAAGUCUUUGAAACAGAGCUGUUCCAGAUUAACUUCUCCUCCCAUUUGCAGCCAAAGGAAUGGAAUAAUUAGUUGCAGAAUAUCCAGUGGCCAACAUCUGUGGUGCGAAAAUUGAACUUUUUGUAUCACAUGAUAGAAAUUCUGAAUUGUGGAAACAGUUCUGUGGUCAAUCACUGUUUUCAUGUAUAACUAAGGAAAAUACAGUGGGAGUAACUUUUUUUAAUAUCUGUAUGUUGUGUAGUAAAUUGCUUCACGUUUCUCUCUCAUGUUUUGUAUGCUUCCAAAAAACAAAGGCCUCAAACAAAACAGGAAAAUUGAUUGUAGAAGACACUGCCUUGUCUUUGUGACAAGUGAUCUCUUUGUAUAACGACUGGCACAAUGAGCCCAUAGUCUUGGUUUGUCUUCUGGUUGCUACCAUGUAACAAAUAGAUAUUUGUCAAUAGUUUAAAUUGCAGUAAAGCUCUUUGUCAAUGUGUACAUAAGCUUAAACAGCUUAUGUACAAAUGUUGGUCAGAAGAUUACCUGGCUUUUUUUAAAAAUAAAUACUCUGGUGUUGUUCAAUCCAUUGAGGAGGCAAAAAUGUCAUACAAGAACUUUCCUUUUUAUCCUUGGAUUUCACACACACUGAAGUGUACAGGCAGAAACAGGAGAUCUUCAAGUUCCUUGGCACUGGGACUCCAGGAUGGCAAUGCAAAUAUUUUCACUUAUCCACCUUUUAAAACAUAUUCUGAUUAUGCCAGGGGAAAGAAGGGAAGGAAGUACAGGUACCUCUUCCAUACCAAAUAGCAUUUUUGGUAUAGUUUUCUGUCAUUCAUAGUAAUUUUCAGAGUUAGAGUGACUCGUUUGUUACCAGACAUGUUUGUAGUUUAGAAGAAAAGCUUAUAAUGAUCAGACUUAACAGAUAAGAAGUUACAAUUAAUAUUUUUAGAGUCAUCUAACAUCCAGGGAAGUACAGUAUUUGCUCCAGUUGGCAAAAAAAAGCAGCUUAAUACAUGCUUCAGGAGGUAUUUAAUACAAAGACAGUGAAGACUAGAGUUAAGCCUGCUUUGAGGGUGAGUUGAGGAUCUGGGAUCUGAGAUGACCUGCUCUGAAGACAUCUACUGCAAUUAUGCACCCAUGCUUCAGCUACAUGUUCCCAAAAGACUGAGCUAUUUAUUGAAGUUAACAUACUGUGUGCUCCUGAGGGGAGUACCCUUAUUCUGAAAAUAGGACUAAAUUAUGAACUCUUCAAUUCCCUUAUUAACACAGAAAUCAUAAAAGUGUAACUUCAAAAAUACCUGUGAAAACAUAGGCUUUCGUAAUGGAAAUACAACCGUCAUUAGCAGGAUUGGUUUGAGGCUUUUUAAAGAGACUCACCUUCCUCACUUGGUUAACUUUUCUUGGGUUUAGUAACUGUAAUUGACACCUAGUAGCACUCAGUCUCUAGGUCGAGCCAAAAAUCAGCCUUUAUCCAGGUGGUCUCUGAUUUCCUUAAAUGAUAAUGCUGUGUUGAACAGACACAGAAUCAACGUUAAAGCAGCAGUUUGGUGCAUCUUUUCAUGCCUACUUUCAGUGUUCACUCAUAGUCCCUUAUGGUGGUUGACAAAGCCCUUUUUCACUUUUAUUGAACAUUUCUUCUGUGAAGAAAGACUGAGAGAACUGGGACUGUUCAGUCUUGAGAAGGCUGAGAGAGGAUCUUAUCAACAUCUUUAAGUAUCUGCGUGGCGGGUGAACAAUGGAUGCAAGCUAGAACAGGGAAGGUUCCACCUCAGCAUGAGGAGGCAUUUCUUCACAGUGAGGGUGACAGAGUACUGGAACAGUCUGCCUGGAGAGGUCGUGGAGUCUCCUUCUGUGGAGGCUUUCAAAACCUGCCUGGAUGUGUUUGUGCAUGGCCUUUCCUUGAUCCUGCUUUGGUGAGGGGCCAAGCUUGAUAAUCUCUGGAAGUCCCUUCGAACCCCUAACAUUCUGUGAUUCACCAAAGUUGAAGAGUUAAAAGGUUUUGCAAGCAUAUCUCCUCUGAUUGUACUAUAAAGUAGGAAUCUGCAAAGGAUAAGAUGAACACACAGAGCCAAUGAACCUCAGCAAGAAUUUUACCUGCAGCUCACUCUUCUGGUAGCAACUGGAAAGUGAACAAACUAGAUCUUAACAGUUGCGUCUGAGUUUCUUGGAAACCCAACACGGUUUCCCACUUUUGAUCAAAGUGCCUUUUUUUAAAGCAGUGGUAAAAUUUAGUCCUUCUGUGCUAUCUGCAUCUUUUCCAAAGUGUAUACCUGGUAAGUUCCAUAAUUCUGUGACCAGCAUCAGUGAUUUUUUAGGCUUAGGCUUCAUAGGCUGGAGCUUACAUGCACUUCAGGUGUAAGAAGACAGAAUGAAUCUGUUAGCUAAUUUCCACUGUGGUUUUACUCCCCAGACUCUUGGGAUAUAUAAGGACUCUGAGCUUGGAUGUACAGUAGUGAUUUUAAAUAGCUGGUCAGUUGUGUUGGUGGUCAGCGAUACAAAGAUUUUUCAUAGGUAGAAGAAAUAUGCUUUGGAGCACUGUUUCUUUUAAUGAAUGCAUAGCUUUGUAUUCUGAGACCAGAAAAUUGGCUAACAGUGACUGUACUCAAAUUUCUGUAAGCAACAAGUCCUUAGGAUUGCAGGAGACUAUGUCUAUAUGUCAUGGUGGAAGAAAUAGCUUCACAGUAGAUUCUAAAUUAUGGUUUCGGGGUUCAUCUUGUUCUUCUAAACAGGAAUAUCAGAAGGCAAAUAUUUAAGGAACCAUUGGUAUUUCAAGUGGCCUUCUCCCAUCUUUUUAUGUUGUCUUAUUGGGAGGUGUUACUGUUAAGUCUUGAGUUGGUGUAGUUAGUACAAUUCUGAUGUGUAUUUUGAAGGUGUACCUUCUGUGUGCUCAGACAAUAUGUAGCCCUUUUUAGGAGGCUGAUAGUUUGGUUUUGGUAGUUUAAACUUUAUGACUUCCUCUUCUCAUUUGGAAUCAUUGAGUGCACUGUCCCUCUAACUACUCUGUUAUGAAACUUUUCUUCCUAAUUUUUUAUUUAUUAAACAAAAAGAGAUGUCUAACUGUUUGGGUUUAGGGUAGCUGUUUUCAGUGGCUGUCUGCCAUAACUAUGUUUCUAUAAACCAGCAAAUAAACAAUGCAUGCUCAAGGCUAAUCCAGAGCUCUUUUGGAGUGAGUGAGAUGAUACCCAUUCAGUAAGCUUUGGAUCAGACUUCAUGUGGAAGUGAUCUAACCUGAGAAUAAAAUAAAGUUAUUCUCAUGUGCAUAAAAGAUGAGCUGGUGUGGUAAGACAAAAAAAACCCAAACCAACAAACAAAACAAACCAAAAAACCCCAAACAUUUUGAAGGGGUUGGUGGGGAGGGGUGGACUUACAAACAAGUACGGUACCUAUCCUUUGAAGAAGACAAUAGUUACCUUGAAACAGGUGGUACCUGAGUCUUGCAUCUAAUGCUUUUAUUUCU